AUGAUGAGAGAAUCAGAUACAGACACAUUGACUCUGCCUCUGCAUACUGCAACCGGGGCCCCUCUGUUGCAGGUCCUCGUCCGUGAGAAGCCCUUCGGUUACCAGAACACGCUCGAUCUGGUCGACAUUGCCCUCAAGGAAGCCAAGCUGGAUUACCUUGAUCUCGUUCUUAUUCAAUCUCUGCCGAAUAUAUUAGCACUCGAAGCUACCAGCAGCAUGAAGAGCUGUCUCAUUCCUCCAAUUACCCACCGCGUGGGCGAGCUCCCUCGGCUCCAUAAUCUUCCAAAAGGACCACACGCUACCUUCAAGGCCGAUAUCUUGGCUUUGGACACCAGCAAGUUGCCCAUCUCGGAUUACAUCGGCCUGUUGGAUAUCCUUUCUGCCACUCACGGAACGGCCAAGGUGUUGGAAAACACCGUACCCGGUUUACUGGAACCUCGAAGCUUGGAAAGACAUCCUGUGCCAACUUUCAGAGCCCUUAUGGGGGAAGCGGACGAGCCAACGAAGAUGAACUCUGUGAAUGUCUUGAAAUCUUUCAAGACGUUUGAGAGACGUUUGCCAGUGACAGGAGCAAGUAUUCAGAAGACGAGCAAUAUGUCCCAUCUCGGGCCCAGUGGAGCCAGGAGGCAGGAAGAAACUCGCAUCACGGCCUCGGCACAGCGCCGUUCUUAUCUCUAG